AUGGAGACGUUCCUGCAGUCGCAGGCGCACGUGUUCUUCACGGAGCCCGCUGAGCCGCGUGCGGGGGAGACGGUGCGCGUGUUCUACAACCCACAGAACACGGUGCUGCACGGGCGCCACGACGUGUGGAUGCGCGGGUCGUUCAACCGCUGGACGCACCGCACCGGGUGCUUCCUCCCCGUGCACAUGCGCCCCGCCUCCAACGGCACCCACCUCGUUGGCGAGGUGACGGUGCCCCACGAUGCGUUCAUAAUGGAUCUGGUGUUCAUGGACAGCAGCGACCCCAACGUGGCCACCUAUGACAACAGGGGCGGGCUGGACUACCACGUGCCCAUAGUGGGCAGCACCACCAAGGAGCCGCCGCUCUACAUCGUGCACGUCGCCCUCGAGAUGGCGCCCAUUGCCAAGGUGGGGGGUCUGGGCGACGUGGUGACGUCCUUGUCUCGAGCCAUCCUGGAGCUGGGGCACAAGGCGGAGGUCAUUCUGCCCAAGUACGACGUCCUCAAAUACGACUGCAUCCAGGACUUGCAGGACCGGGGGUCGUUUGCGUGGGGCGGCACCAACUGGCGCAUGUGGUUUGGCUACGUGGAGGGCAUUGGCGUGCACUUCCUUGAACCCGAGAGCGGCGUUUGUUUUCCAACUCAAAAACUUCCCCCCUCCCCCUCCGUCCCCUUCCCCCCGGGCAGCAUAUUCUGGGUGAACUGCAUCUAUGGGCGCAAGGACGACGGGCACCGCUUUGGCAUCUUCUGCAACGCGGCACUUGAGAUGCUCGUGCAGACCGGCCGCCAGCCCGACAUCCUGCACUGCCACGACUGGUCGUCGGCACCGGUGGCAUGGCUGCACGCGGAGAGCUACAAGCAGUACGGGCUGGGCAACGCGCGCACGGUGUUCACCAUCCACAACCUUGAGUUCGGCCAGGCGCUCAUUGGCCGCGCCAUGGCCGCCUGCAACAUGGCCACCACUGUCAGUGCCGCCACUGCCGUCCCCCCUGCUGCUGCUGCUGCUGCUGCUGCUGCUGCUGCUGCUGCCAUCGCUGCUGUGUUGCAAUGCCAGCACUUCUGUGCUGCUCUACUGUGCCAUGCCACUGACUCUUCCACCUCCCCUCGCCCCAUCCACGCCCUGCAGGUGUCACCCACGUACGCGUGGGAGAUAGGGGGCCACGGGGCGGUGGCAGCGCACCGGGGCAAGUUCCACGGCAUCCUCAAUGGCAUCGACCCCGACAUCUGGGACCCCAUGACUGACCGCUUCCUGCCGGUUAGUACUCUGUUCCCCUCGCAUCCUAGACCAACACCGUGCUUGUAUACAUCACACGGGAAUGCACUCCUGUUUGCAUGCUCCCUUCCUUCCCCCCUGGCCUUACCCGUCCUGUCCCCUUGUCUGGCCCGCCACCAGAUGCGGUACUCAUCGGAGGAGGUGGUGGAGGGCAAGCGCGCCGCCAGGGACGAGCUGCGGCGGCGGCUGAACCUGCGGUUUGACGACCGCCCCGUGGUGGGCAUCGUGACAAGGCUCACAGCACAGAAGGGCAUCCACCUCAUCAAACACGCCAUCUGGCGCACGCUGGACCGCGGUGGCCAGGUGGUGCUGCUGGGAUCGGCUCCGGACCCGCGAGUGCACAGUGAGUUUGAGCACCUGGCGGGGCAGCUGAACAACUCGCACAACAACAUGCAGCGCCUCUGCCUCAACUACGACGAGCCUCUCAGCCACCUGAUCUAUGCGGGGUGCGACAUGAUUCUGGUGCCGUCCAUGUUUGAGCCCUGUGGCCUCACACAGCUCAUCGCCAUGCGCUAUGGGGCUGUGCCCGUCGUGCGCAAGACAGGAGGGUUGAACGACACGGUGUUUGACGUGGACAACGAUCACGACAGGGCCAGGGCGCAGGGCAAGGACGUCAACGGCUUCUCCUUUGAGGGUGCCGAUGCCGCCGGCCUCGACUAUGCCCUCGACAGAGCCAUUUCUGGGUGGUAUGAUGGGCGCGAGUGGUGGAAUGGGUUGGCCAAGCGGCCUUGUGGUGUCCCAACAGCCACGCGCCCAUUCACAUCGAAUUCGCUCUUGGCUAUCGAUAUCUCCGCGUACCGCUACGCUCGCUUGCCCCCUCGUUCCUGGCAUCUCCGCAGCCUCCGCUCACAUUCCGCGUGUCCCUCCGCCUUUCCGACAGCCGCCAUGCCGCCAUGGGAAACGUACCUUGCGCGGCCUCCGCUGCAGGCGGAAAUGUCUUAUCCGCGUGACACGUGGCAGAGUGCCGCGCCAUGCGACAGUGUCGCAUACGACGCGGGGUCGUGGCAACAGUCUGUCGCUCAACACCACCCGCCGCUACCCUCCCACCUCUCCUCCGCGCUCUCGGCGCUCGCUUCUGCGAAUUCCUCUCAUCUCCCGGACCGCGCAUUCUCCCCCUCUCUCCCGCACCACGCGCAAGGCCAAGCCCUCCAAGGACCGUCGGUGCUUCCGCCGAGCCUGCCCUCCGCGCCCUUCACGUCCUCCGCCUUCGCCUUCCCCUCUCUCGCCCUCGAAACCUCUCUCUCCGCGCUCUCGCUUUCCCUCCGCUCGCAGUCUCCGCCUGAACCUCCCGCGCGCCCUUCACUCCCCCACGCCGCCUCCGCGGGGUCUCUCCGCGCCCUGGCUUCCGCCGCGGUGUCCGCGCCCACCUUUGUGCCACCUGCGCCGUGUUCGGCGGACUGCGACAGCAGCAGCAGCGGUCGUCGCAGCGCGAGCUUGAUUCCCUAUCCGGGGGAAAAGGCGACACACGCUACGUCGUCGGGUUCCAGUCCGUCGUCGCCCGCGUCGUUCGUGUCGUCCGUUUCGUCGUCAGUCGCCGGCCAUGCGACGGCGGCACAUUUGUCGCAUGAUUCGCUUCCUGCCGACAACCCUUGGUACGUGUCGUCGCCUGCGGCGUUGGCCCCCACGGACGCAAAGGACGAGCCUGGCGCAGCGGCGGCUGGUUCGGGGGAGGCAGCAGGCGAAGAAGCGAUUCCUGAUACGCUCCCCCGCGCGGUUGGCGGCACGGUGGAAGAUCCGGCUGCGGCGGGCGUGGCGCAUGCGGCACACGCGACACGCGAGACACCGGCGACACAUGCAGAGGAGGUGGAACGACUUCAGCAGGCAGUGCGGCGGGCGGAAGCCGCUACGGCUGAAGCGCAGCAGGCGGCGGCGAUGGCGCAACUAGAAAUGGCGCAGAUGCAGCGCGCGUGCGGGGAGCAUGCGCGGCAGGUGGUGCGCCUCCGGCGCGAGCUGGACUCCGCGGGAGACGCGCACCUGCAACUAGCGGCGGAGGUGGCGUGUCUGCGCGGUGAGCUGGCGGGCGCGGGGGAGGUGGCGGCGCAGCAGGCGGGACAGGCGGCGCGGCUGCGGCGGGAGCUGGAGGGGACGCAGUGCGUGGUGGUGCGGCAGGCGGCGGAGGCCACUCAGCUGCGCCGCAUGGUGAAGGCCGUCCACGCGCUCGACCUGGUGCAUCUGGAGGACUUCGCCAUCGCCGCGCUACAGCACGACCUCAAGGCGGAGGCGCGCCGCGGGCUGCCCGCUGCGGACGCGGCGCUUCUAGACGCGCCGGACGAGUACGGCGGGUGCCGGCAGUUCUACCAGACGGGGUGCUGCCACUUCGGCCGCGGGCGCCGCCCGUGCCCCAACGAGGCGAGCCACUUCUGCCUGCGCUGCGGGCGCGCUCACGGCACGGCGCCGCACCUGGUGCUGCUGAGGCGCCUCAACGACCGCUGCCUGUUGCCGCAGUGA